CUGAUGCCGAGGACCCUGGAGGGGCAGAUCACCAUGGAGAAGACGCCCAGCUACUUCGUCACUCGGGAGGCGCCCGCGCGCAUCUCGGCCAUGUCCAAGGACACCAAGCUCAUCGUGGUGGUGCGGGACCCGGUGACCAGGGCCAUCUCGGACUACACGCAGACGCUCUCCAAGCGGCCCGACAUCCCCACCUUCGAGAGCUUGACGUUCAAAAACAGGAGCACCGGCCUGAUCGACACGUCGUGGAGCGCCAUCCAGAUCGGCAUCUACGCCAAGCACCUGGAGCACUGGCUGCGCCACUUCCCCGUGGGCCAGAUGCUCUUCGUGAGCGGCGAGCGGCUCAUCAGCGACCCGGCCGGCGAGCUGGGCCGCGUGCAGGACUUCCUGGGCCUCAAGCGCAUCAUCACCGACAAGCACUUCUACUUCAACAAGACCAAGGGCUUCCCCUGCCUGAAGAAGGCCGAGGGCAGCAGCAAGCCCCACUGCCUGGGCAAAACCAAGGGCAGGACCCACCCCGAGAUCGACCGCGAGGUGGUGCAGAGACUGCGCGAGUUCUACCGGCCCUUCAACCUCAAGUUCUACCAGAUGACCGGGCACGACUUUGGCUGGGAUUGAACGGACUGUACCUGUGACGUUUAUCAUGUGGUUUAUAUAUUACAAGAGAUUAUAUGUAUGUAAAAUGUACAGAAAUCUAUUUUAUAAUAAUUUAUUUUUAAUUCAUAAGCAAUUAAUUCACUAAGCUGCCUAGCCACACUCUUUAGAGAGUUAGCUUCAUGAUCUGUUAACAUUCCAAAGUGUUUAAUUCUGAUGUUUUGCUCUAUGCCUCACAAUUGAUGGUGCUUCCAUUUUUCCCCUUUCCCUCCCCAUUAUAUUUAAAAAGAAGAAAAGCACAACUUGAGAUUUUUUUUGUUACGGGUAUUCAGCCUUCAGUUGCUGUCCCAGUUCUCUGGUUGCUGUCUGCUUGCGUCUGGGUCUCCGUGCUCCAGCUUCCAGUUUUUGCUUGCGAACCUCCUAAGAGCUCUGAGCUGCCUCCACUGUGCUAUAUUCUGAAGUCAGACCUCACAUAGCAGCUUCCUAAUCCAUGUGUAAUCAUUUCCAAGGAGGGAGACUCCAAACCACCGUGCUGAGGGUUUCCCUCACCUCUACCGAGCAUGUGGGGCACCCCCCCCCAUGCAGUGUUGUCGGUAUCCUUUUAGAGUUCGAAUGACAGGGCCCAUUUCCUUUAGCCUUCGAUGUUGAAGGAUGGCCCAUCAUCCCCUUCUGUCCUAUCCUUGGUCCAUUAACAGCUUGAUGUGUGUGCAAAUGUUAGUCCCUUUCCCAGGCCACAUGCUUGGGUGCUGCUUGAGAAAUAAAGGUGAUCUUUUCUAAUUUGCAUGAGCGUGCACCGUGCUCUUUUCUCCAGGCAGACAGUUCUGCUGUGACACACCAAAGAAUUCCAUAGGCUUGCAGAGCCACUGGCACAAACCCAAGGAAGGCACUGGAUAUUGGGACCUAUAGGGGUCAGGUGCAUCUCUUGCCAUCAGCAUCUACCAAGCUGUGGCUAGGUGCAGAGCUGUUGCUAGGUGUAGGCUCACAGCCUCACAAAGGAGAAAAGACAAAGACUCAAAACUGGAAGGCAGCCUGGCAGAGGAAGGAUCUCCCUGCAUCCCAGAUUGCUGUUGCUUUGGGAUUUGUAGCGCCUCUCAGAAUGACCAUGUGGCCUGUAGAUAAUUCCAGUAGCAAUAACGAGGAGUGGCCCUUUUAAAGGCAUAAAAGCUAGUCCCAUGUCCUGUAGUCUUUGGGCCAGAAACUUGUACAGCUGUCCUGUUUCAGCUUCCUGUUCAGAAGAGCUGCCAGCAUCGUUACUACUGUGCAGAAGGCUCUCCCCAUCCCUCUGUGGUGCAAGUGCAGAUAGGGAUCAUUUAUGAUGAGCAGCUGGUGGCAACUGGAUAACCAUAUAGUGACAUCAUAUAAUGACUUAUUUAGCUAAUCUUCAGUUCUCUAUACCAGAGUACUUCUGUUACAAAAAAAAUUGUUAUUUGAGCUAUACUUUCCUCAAAGAACAUGUGGGAAGAUGUACUGAUUGUCAAACUUGUGAUAUUUAUAGAGGAAGCCUUUGUAUGUUGAGCAGGACAACUUGACCGAAUGGGUAAGAAAAGUUAUAUGAAAAGAGGAGAGAAUCAUUUAUAUCUAGAAACUAAUCCAGAGAUGUUACUGGUCUUUAAAGUGACAUUUUGAUAAUCUGGUUUGUAUUUGUCCACACACUUUAGCCCAACUCUUAGCAGCAAAAAUAUCUGGACAGGUUGAGUUUAGGGAGGAAGGUGAGCAGAGGCGCUGUGUAUUCCCUAGGUGUUGUAUCAAUUUUAUAGAGUGUUUUUAUUGUCUUUACAAAAUGAUGUGGAACCUGCACUUCAGGGCAACACGUUAUCAUAGUGCAUUCUCCAGUCUUGCUGCUCGGGUGUGAAUGACACCCACAUAAGGGUGCUAAUAAGUUGUGCAUUUUCUGUUUGGCAGGCUCACCUACAAUCAAAGUGUGAACACUUCUUUUCAGUUAGAGCAUAACCUUGCUUUGAAGUAAGGCAGUAUCCAAGUCCUCCACCAAAUCUUGCCCUGUUGACUUCCUGGCCACUCUCAUGGUCUAACCGGACUCAAGAUAUAAUUGGAUUCAUGGUGUAGACUUGCAGAAUAGUCCGGAGAAGGUUGUGCAACAACCAGAGGAAAGCAUGUAUGAGCUUUUGCUUCCUCUUCAGGUCCCUGACCUACUUAACUGGACAAGUUUUGAUUGUUUAUUCCCAGCUUUACAAUAAAACUGAAACAGGAAAUGUUCAGAUAGGAAGGUCAUUUAGGCAUGAACACUGAAGUGGCUCAAAAUUCUAUUCCAGGCGAAAGUCCUUGAAUUCAAACAGAUGUCGAUAAUUAGCACUGAUGGAAUAGGACACAUUUUUCCAAGUAAGACAAAUAAAUGAAACAUCACGUGCAUCUCUUAGGCUGCGAUAGAUUGUAGCUCCUGAUUGAUCUGGGUGAUGCAGCUGCUGGAGAUUAUCCCUUAUCAUGUGAUAGUUAUUACAGCCCUGCCUGCCUUCUUGGAAAGUCAGGCAGCACAGAAGAUUGAAUCUUGGGUUUCUUCCUCUGCUAGCCAUCUGUAAGGCCAUCAAGUUUAAUAGUUUAGCUGCUAGAAGACAAACACCACGUCAUGUUUUGGCAAUUAAUUCCAACACAUGUUUUGGGUUUCUUUCAUUUUAAAGAAAAAGCCCUGGUAUUCACUGGAAUGCUUUAUUCUCAGUUUUGUUCCUUUCCUCAUUUAAGAACAAGAAAAAAAGAUGAACAAAAGAGAGGUAAUUUCUGUCUGUCGACCAUUUCCUUUGAGGUGUUUGUGUAUAGUCAACUGUUAACAGAAUAGGUAGUGCCUGGAAAGGUAUUUUAAGACUAUGUAAUAAGUUCUUAAUUGGAUGAUUGAGGAGGAGAAAUUGUCUAAUUCAUGGGAUUCUCUUUAUGAGUCAUUUUGAGUGGCAGAUAAAUUUAGACCUUUGGAGAAACACACUUACAGAUGCUUCUGGGAUGUUCUGGUAAGAAAGGAAAAUGGAAGUUUCUAAAGAGUUGGGAACACUUUAGUAUGUUUCUAAGAUGCUGAUGUGGAAGUCAAUAUUGUUUCUUUUUUCAUUUUCUCAAUAAGAAUGUUUAAUACAAUUUAAAGGUGUGCUUAGAUUUCCUUUCACUUUUGUAACAUUAAUUUAUGACUGAGUUUCUUUCAGCCCCAUAAUCUAAAAUACUGUGCAAAUUCUAGCAGUGUGUCUUCUAUAACCUGGAUGUUAGAAUAGCCAAUAUGUACAAAAAAUUAAAUCAAGUAUUUUGUUCUAUGUAUAACACAAAUUAAUUUUACACAGAGAAAGAUGUUUC